AUGGAGGCUAACCGCUCUCAUCUCUGCUCUCUGCCUUAUUUCACCCUUCUGGCCUUAUCUUGUCCUACCGGCCUUACCUCGACUAACGGCUUUUUAUCUUGUCCAUCCGGCCUUAUCUCAUCUAGCCGCUCAUCUCUGUUUCUGUCCUUAUCCAUUCCUCCCGGCCUUAUCCGCUCAUCUCUGUUUCUGUCCUUAUCCAUUCCUCCCGGCCUUAUGUGUAGGCUAACCGCUCUCAUCUCUGCUCUCUGCCUUAUUUCACCCUUCUGGCCUUAUCUCGUCCCUACAGGCCUUACCUCGACUAACCGCUUUUUAUCUCGUCCAUCCGGCCUUAUCUCAUCUAGCUGCUCAUCUCUGUUUCUGUCCUUAUCCAUUCCUCCCGGCCUUAUCCGCUCAUCUCUGUUUCUGUCCUUAUCCAUUCCUCCCGGCCUUAUGGAGGCUAACCGCUCUCAUCUCUGCUCUCUGCCUUAUUUCACCCUUCUGGCCUUAUCUUCCGCUCAUCUCUGUUUCUGUCCUUAUCCAUUCCUCCCGGCCUUAUGUAGGCUAACCGCUCUCAUCUCUGCUCUCUGCCUUAUUUCACCCCUUCUGGCCUUAUCUUGUCCCACCGGCCUUACCUCGACUAACGGCUUUUAUCUUGUCCAUCCGGCCUUAUCUCAUCUAGCCGCUCAUCUCUGUUUCUGUCCUUAUCCAUUCCUCCCGGCCUUUAUGGAGGCUAACCGCUCUCAUCUCUGCUCUCUGCCUUAUUUCACCCUUCUGGCCUUAUCUUGUCCUACCGGCCUUACCUCGACUAACGGCUUUUAUCUUGUCCAUCCGGCCUUAUCUCAUCUAGCCGCUCAUCUCUGUUUCUGUCCUUAUCCAUUCCUCCCGGCCUUAUCCGCUCAUCUCUGUUUCUGUCCUUAUCCAUUCCUCCCGGCCUUAUGUAGGCUAACCCCGCUCUCAUCUCUGCUCUCUGCCUUAUUUCACCCCUUCUGGCCUUAUCUCGUCCUACCGGCCUUUACCUCGACUAACGGCUUUUAUCUUGUCCAUCCGGCCUUAUCUCAUCUAGCCACUCAUCUCUGUUUCUGUCCUUAUCCAUUCCUCCCGGCCUUAUGUAGGCUAACCGCUCUCAUCUCUGCUCUCUGCCUUAUUUCACCCUUCUGGCCUUAUCUCGUCCUACCGGCCUUACCUCGACUAAUGGCUUUUAUCUUGUCCAUCCGCCUUAUCUCAUCUAGCCACUCAUCUCUGUUUCUGUCCUUAUCCAUUCCUCCCGGCCUUAUGCCUUACCUCACUAACGGCUUUUAUCUUGUCCAUCCGGCCUUAUCUCAUCUAGUCUCUCAUCUCUGUUUCUGUCCUUAUCCAUUCCUCCCGGCCUUAUGUAGGCUAACCGCUCUCAUCUCUGCUCUCUGCCUUAUUUCACCCUUCUGGCCUUUAUCUCGUCCUUCAGGCCUUACCUCGACUAACGGCUUUUAUCUUGUCCAUCCGGCCUUAUCUCAUCUAGCCUCUCAUCUCUGUUUCUGUCCUUAUCCAUUCCUCCCGGCCUUAUGCCUUACCUCGACUAACGGCUUUUAUCUUGUCCAUCCGGCCUUAUCUCAUCUAGCCGCUCAUCUCUGUUUCUGUCUCAUCCAUUCCUCCCGGCCUUAUGCUAACCGCUCUCAUCUCUGCUCUCUGCCUUAUUUCACCCUUCUGGCCUUAUCUCGUCCUACCGGCCUUACCUCGACUAACCGGCUUUUAUCUUGUCCAUCCGGCCUUAUCUCAUCUAGCCGCUCAUCUCUGUUUCUGUCCUUAUCCAUUCCUCCCCCGGCCUCUGCCUUAUUUCACCCCUUCUGGCCUUAUCUCGUCCCACAGGCCUUACCUCGACCGCUUUUAUCUCGUCCAUCUCUUAUCUCAUCUAGCGCUCAUCUCUGUUUCUGUCCUUAUCCAUUCCUGGCCUUAUGUUAUCUCUGUCUCUGCCUUAUUUCACCCUUCUGGACUUAUCUCGUCCCUACAGGCCUUUUACCUCGACUAACGGCUUUUUAUCUUGUCCAUCCGGCCUUAUCUCAUCUAGCCGCUCAUCUCUGUUUCUGUCCUUAUCCAUUCCUCCCGGCCUUAUGUAGGCUAACCGCUCUCAUCUCUGCUCUCUGCCUUAUUUCACCCUUCUGGCCUUUAUCUUGUCCUACCGGCCUUACCUCGACUAAUGGCUUUUAUCUUGUCCAUCCGGCCUUAUCUCAUCUAGCCGCUCAUCUCUGUUUCUGUCCUUAUCCAUUCCUCCCGGCCUUAUGUAGGCUAACCGCUCUCAUCUCUGCUCUCUGCCUUAUUUCACCCUUCUGGCCUUAUCUUGUCCUACCAGGCCUUACCUCGACUAACGGCUUUUAUCUUGUCCAUCCGGCCUUAUCUCAUCUAGCCGCUCAUCUCUGUUUCUGUCCUUAUCCAUUCCUCCCGGCCUUAUGUAGGCUAACCGCUCUCAUCUCUGCUCUCUGCCUUAUUUCACCCUUCUGGCCCUUAUCUUGUCCUACCGGCCUUACCUCGACUAACGGCUUUUUAUCUUGUCCAUCCGGCCUUAUCUCAUCUAGCUGCUCAUCUCUGUUUCUGUCCUUAUCCAUUCCUCCCGGCCUUAUGCCUUACCUCUCGACUAACCGCUUUUAUCUUGUCCAUCCGGCCUUAUCUCAUCUAGCCGCUCAUCUCUGUUUCUGUCCUUAUCCAUUCCUCCCGGCCUUAUGUAGGCUAACCGCCUCAUCUCUGCUCUCUGCCCACCCCUUCUGGCCUUAUCUCGUCCUACAGGCCUUACCUCGACUAACCUGCUUUUAUUCGUCCAUCCGGCCUUAUUCAUCUAGCCGCUCAUCUCUGUUUCUGUCCUAUCCAUUCCUCCCGGCCUUAUGCCUUACCUCGACUAACGGCUUUUAUCUUGUCCAUCCGGCCUUAUCUCAUCUAGCCGCUCAUCUCUGUUUCUGUCCUUAUCCAUUCCUCCCGGCCUUAUGCCUUACCUCGACUAACCGCUUUUAUCUCGUCCAUCCGGCCUUAUCUCAUCUAGCCGCUCAUCUCUGUUUCUGUCCUUAUCCAUUCCUCCCGGCCUUAUGCCUUACCUCGACUAACGGCUUUUAUCUUGUCCAUCCGGCCUUAUCUCAUCUAGCCGCUCAUCUCUGUUUCUGUCCUUAUCCAUUCCUCCCGGCCUUAUCCGCUAAUCUCGGUUUCUCUCUUUAUCCAUUCCUCCCGCGCUUUUUCUCGGUUUCCCGCCCUAUUUGUUCCUCUUCCUCUGCCUCCCACCUCUUUUUUACCCUUUUAUUUUACCAUCCUUAUCUCGUCUUCACGAUUAUAAACGGAAACAUUAUGAUCGAUACGAUUUUCAUCUGUCUGUUCAUCUAUCUAUCUAUCUAUCUAUCUAUCUAUAUCUAA